GGGAAAAGGAUUGAAUGCAAAAUGACGCAGUAAAUGUACACCCGCGGAUAAAGACUGUUGCCAAGCCUUUAAACGCGGCGUUUAAAGAAAAGCCAUCCGCAUUUUAUCAAAAUUCUUUUAGCGGGUAUAAACGCCUAGUUGGGAAGAAAUUCUUUUUUAACUGACAAGAAGGGUUCACUCGCAUGCAUACAAUCAACUGACUUGAAACUCCACUUCCUCAAAUUGCACAGCAUUCGAUCAAAGAGUGAUAAAAAUGUAACACUUCCAACUAAAAGAUUUUCAUCCUUUCUCCCUUCCUCACAUUCAUCUUCUCAAAACAAACUCCAAAAUGAAGAAACCUCUUCACGGUUACUACUUUGUCGUACCAAUCAUCACGUUUGCGCUAUGGUCCGCUUGUAUUUUUGGUCUACUAGGAUUAUGGGGUACAGACGGUUUCCCAAAAUACGUUAACACGGACGCAACAGUCGUUUUCAUUUCUGACGUUGGUGCUGCUCAUCAUACAUACUUUAUCAUCUUUGCCGUCCUUUCAGCGGUUGCAUAUAUGGCAACAACUUUGCUAGAACGUCAUUUACGUCAUCAACGUAGAAUCCCCGGAAGCGUACGUAAAAAACAAACAGUUUUGGAUAGUUUCAGUGUUGCCUUUGCCAUCAUUGGUGCAAUCGGUUUAAUCCUCUUGUCAAUCUUUGAUGAUGUCGAAUACCCACGUGUGCAUUGGUCAAUGACCGUGGUCUUUGUGGCAGGUGUUGCACUUUCAGUCUUGAUGCAAACUUUACAAAUUUUCAGUUUAUCAAAAUCUCACAGUGAUGAACUUUGGCAUUUACGUGCAAUGGCAAUCGUCAAAUCUGUCAUCCUUGGUGUAGCUUUGGCAGUUUUGAUCGUCUUCAUUGGUUGUUAUGCAACUUGCGACGGUGAUGUCACAGAUGGAAAUUCACAAUGCAAUCGUGUCGUUUCGGCCGCAGGUGUGGCAGAAUGGACGCUAGCCUUCCUCCUAAGUCUUUUCUUCUUGUCUUACAUCGUUGACUUUUGGCCAGCAAAGAAGAGAGCGGAUUUCGGUCUUACAGAAAAGGGUGACAUGGUUCAAGAUCCAAGCAGAGCAGCAGAAGCAGGUGUUGACGAUCGUCCUACCGCUCCGUAUGCAAUCGCAAGAGAUAUGGGACCAAAUCAUACCCAUCAAGAAUAUAUGACUCAAAUGUCAUCCGAAGCUCCAAGUAUGCAUCAACAACCAUUACGUGAAGCAAAUCAUAUAGGUCAAGCUCGCUAAUGGACGAAUAAUGCUUCCAUUUUACUAGAAUCCCCCUUUCCUUCUUUUGAUGUACAAUUUGAAAUUUAUCGAUCGUAUAAAGUACAGUUCGUGUGAUUGAUUAAAGUACAGUUGCUGUUUGUCUCCUCCGUGUGUAGAUAUGUUCUCUGUUUGUUUCUUUGCUAAUUAACGAUAAUUGAUUUGUGCGAGUAAGAGAAUCCAAAAGAUCGUUCUGCAAUACGACUCCAUUCCGGGCGACGUUGGGAUUGCGGCUACUUUCUACCAGUCCUACUUUCCAUC